ACAGUUCUGGAAUGUUUUGGUCUCCCUGAGCUGGCAAACAGAUGAAAACAUUGGUCUGUCCUGUAAUUUUUUUCCCUAAAAUUUAUAUGAGAAAGAUUAACAAGCAACAGGAUGGACAAGAAGGCAUUUCAAAACUGUGUUCCAAAAGAAAAAUAGAGUAAGGAUAGAGACAUGAAAUGUCAAUACUUUGACUCAAAUGGUCAGGAAAAACUUAAGGAUUGGAAAAUAAGUUAAACUGCACUCCUGACUUCAGAAUUCUUCAGGACAUCCAGACACCUUCCUCUCCAAUGACCCAGUCCUUGGAUAUGCCGGCCUGAGAGCCUGCUGAAAGGGAAGGUUUGUAGUGAGACAGCAGAGCACAACGUGGCCUACUGUCAGCUUAGGGCUAAGUACUGCCCACAUAUGUCAUGUGAACACAAAACCACCACUGGAAACACUACUACAGUUUAUAAAAUCCUCAGUGCCAUUCAUUACACUUAACUAACCAAAAUAGCUCGCCUUUUAACCUGUCACCUGCACAGCUCCUGGUCUCCAGUUUACCUCUUCACCCUUCUCCUGCUUCCUAAUACCACACGGAACCUCGUCGGGCUCCAAGAUGAGUGGGAAUCGUGGUGCUAUUAAUAUGACAGCCAGCAGCCUCUUCCCACUUCACAUGGCCUCACGUGAAUUCCUUGACAUUAGACUUUAAGCCUCAGAUCGAAUCACUGAGUUUAUGAGACUUUCUCCACUAUAAUUUUUCCAACUGAAAAGCUGAAGUGGUUCUUAGUACACUUAUUUAAUUCUCCUCAGCUCUAGGACUCCUUAGUCAUCUUUGUCCUAUACCAUCCUACUUCUGAAUAAUAAAGUAUUAUCAUGAACUCACACACUUGGAAACAAAAAGUCUGGGACAUCCUGUGUGAACAGGACUGCUGCUGUUAAUACUGAAAUAUUACUAGAUUAAUUAUAUUUAAUCAGUUAGUUCAUGAUCUGAAAUGAAAAAGUAUUUUGCACACCAGAAAAUUGUUGGGAAAAUUACUGUCAGUUAGAAUGGGGAAGGGGUAUUUUGAAAGUAACUUGAAGCAUAAUAAAAUGUUAACUAAGAAAUCAUCAGGGAUGAUCAUACUGACUUGGGACAUGUUGCAAGACAAAGCCCUUAUUUAGUUGGCUAAUUUCAUGGCAUUUUGAAAAACACAUUACUCAGUUAAUGGUUUGAGGAAAUACUUUGAAACCAUUCAGGAAUAGAUAAAAAAUGCUCAGAAUUUUUCAUAUUUUCAACAGAAAAAAAAUUACUUAUAGAUUCUUAAUAUGUAAUAAUAACAACAUGAUACCAAGACAGAAACUGAAAUAAAAGAUGAAAUUAAAAGCUGUCUGCCCCCAGAGCCAGUGUGCACUUUAUCCUAAGUCACUUGGCUGCCACAGCGAUGCAGCCAGUGACUAUCUAGGGUGACACAAGGCAGCCAUUCUAAUGGGAUAAAGAGGACUUUCAUCUCUGCAUUUCUCCAGCUGGAAUAAUGCAAUGGUGGCCUGUGACAAACGAGCAGAUGACCCCAGUCCAGUUUUAGGAUGCCCACCCCAAAAUGCCCAACAACAGACUCACAGCUCCCUGUACAUGGGAGCCUUUGAGUUUGUGUAGUUUUUUCCAAGUCCCAGCUGAGAAGCACCAGCAGUGCAGGACAGAAAGCUGCUUCCAGCUCCCGGAUCCUCCUACGUGUUGUAUGGAUAACUACAAGACUUUGACCUAAAGUCACCUUGUCCUAGUUUCUAAUUCACUUUUAUGCAGAUGAGAUGGCAGGAUUGGGGCUGUGGUAUCCACACUGGCUCGUACUUUCAGAAAUGAAAACUGCAAAGAUUUAUUCAUCUGAGCAACCACAAUUAGGUUAGCUUGCAGAAUCAGGCUUACUCUGCAUGAAAAGGAUGGAUCUCUCUAACUGACAAAAAGGAAAAUCAGAAAUAUCAAUAGAAAAGGGGAUGUGCUAACUCUUGGAAAACAUUACUGGAAACUGCAUUGCCCAGACUGAAAUGUCAUUUAAAACCACGAGUGCCCCUUUAAGCAAAAUAUCAGCACAGGGAAGGAAGAACUAAAACCAGUUCUACCAGAGAGCAGCUGAUAAAACAUUGCCAUCACAUUUUCAUAAAUUAUAUCCCAAAAUGUUUCGAAAAAUUGAGUAACAGAGGAAAACAGAAAAGAUUUUUGUAGCACAUUCCUUUGGCAAAUGCAGGAUAAAGCUCAUCAUGUGAGCUGAACUGUAAAUGAGGGCCUUAUGCUUUAUAAAAAUUCUCCUAUUGUCCCAGGAAGGAUGAGAGUCAAACAUAACAGUUUCAGCAUGUAAGUCCUGUAAAUAAAGUUAGUUAGCAGACAGGAAUCAGCAGACUGUUUGGGGAGGGGAAAAAAAAAAAAGAAAGAGAAAAUACUCUUUUUGUAGGAAAAAUUUAGGCACACUGCUGCUGCAUUUCAGACCCGACUUCAUUGCACUGUACCAGAGAUUAAUUGGACCCACAAAAUCCAGCAAACAGCAUAUGACAUCCAUCUACCUUUGCUGCUUCAGCAUCCUCCCAAAAAUAUAUAAUGCAGGAUUUUAAAUAGUACAUUAGCCCAGUUUCCUUUCAUAAAGUCUUACAGAGAAGUUUAGGAAAAUUCCAAAAGUAGCAUACUGAUUGCCUCUGGGAUUUUCCACUUAGCAAUUUAAUAGAAAAUUACACCCCUACCCAAUCUGGGAGGUUUCCAUAACCUCCCUCGUGAAUUUAAUUUUCCCGCAUAUAAUAAAUUUUACCAUUAGGCAUAUUCUCUGAUAUUGCUUCACCAUUAAGACUAUUUCCCAAUUUUUCUUUUCAGAACCACAUAUACUCUCUGUGUGGUGUCUGGAUGGCACCUUGCACUGAAGAAUUCAGGUCUCACUAUGUCCAUGCACACAGUUAGGAUACAAAUCGCUACUAUUAGUAUUCAAUUUGCUUCCCUCCUGCUUAUUUUAUGUCAUUAUUCCAAGUGAUGAGGUCGGUCAAUAUUACUGGAGCUAACGGGAUUCUCCUGGGUACUCUGAGGAGACCAAGGCAAGAUCUGCAUUUGCAUCUGUUCAAGUAGGCGUAUGCAAGUAUCACAUAGUCUUCUCCUUGUCACAACACAGUCUGACUACAUGUAAAACACAAGAUGAUGAUCGGAGCUGUGUUUGCAGUUAUCAGUAGUCAUAACUGUAAACGCCUGGGUCCUUUCUCUACAGGCAACAGGCAAAAGCACUCUCGGCUGUAAAAAAAAAACCACUCCACCCUCAGUGAAUUUAGCACAGUGAGCGAACUGGAAGUGUGGCUGAAGGCGUCAAGUGGUGAAUAAAUCAAAGCACUAAUUUCAGCUGUGUUUGGGCCAGCCGUAUGGCUGCAGUGACCUCACGGUGACCGUCGGGAGGGUUGCCAGAAGCCCUAAAUCUCGCUCCUCUGGAGAGCUGAGACUCUCUUCCUCUUGCUAAGGCGAUCCAGUUUUUGGCCGAGGGACUCCCUUCCUCUUGCUAAGGCGAUCCAGUUUUUGGCCGAGGGACUCCCUUCCUCUCGCUAAGGCGGUCCAGGUUUGGCAGAGCUCAGCCCAGCUGGUGGCUCGGCGCUCUUCUCCAGGCCUCGGUCCAUGACACCAGCGGACACAUCGCAGCGAUAAUCCCUGUAAAACACGGCAACAAACAGGUGUUGCCAUCAGUUCCUGAGCUUUACCCGCUUCCGCACGCCAACUUCAACCCCCUCCCCGCCGGCCCUGGCCCGGUCCUGCUAAACACGAGGAGUUCCCCCCGCUCAGCCCCCGAGGGAGCCGCGGGCAGCUCGGCGGUGCUGAGCGGGCAGCGCCGGUGCCCGUGUGUGAGGCGCGCGGCGGGAGGGGGACACAAAAUGGCGCUGCCCCUCAGCCCCUCGCCCUCAGCCCGCGGCGGGGCCGAGUGGCGGCGGGCCGGCCCCGGGGUGGCGGCGGCUCCCGGCCGGCGGAACCGCCGCCUUCCUUCCCCCAGCAGGUGGCACCGGGGUCCCGGCGCCGGCGGCGAAGCCAUUGCGGGCCGCCCUUCGCCGCCGGGCCGCGGCCGCGCAGCCGGCGGGGGGGAAGGCGGCGGCAUCGCCCCCGCGGGGCUCCCCCCGCCGCACCCCGCUUUUCCUCAAAGUUCGGGGCGGGAGCGGGGGGGAGACCGGAGCCAACUUGUCCCGGAUCCCUUUAUUCGCCGCCGGAGCCGCCGUCUCUCCCAACCCCCGCGUGUAUUGCUGAUCGGAGGGACGGAGCUCGGUCCUGUGUCCGCCCCGCUCCUUCCUGCCCGCACCAUGGAGUUCGCCCAGAGGAAGAGGAGCAGGAAAUCCCAAAGCUUUAAACUGGUCAACGAAGAUUACCAUCAUGAGAUAUAUAAGAUCUCUGACUACAGCAAUGAUGUUAAUGGGGAGACCAAAGAAACACAACCAGUUUUUUUAGGAGAUGAAAGCCGGGAAAUUAAAAAACAAAUUACAGGGAUGAGAAGAUUACUGAAUGACAGCACUGGAAGAAUCUAUCAACGAGUUGGCAAAGAAGGAGAAAAACUGAAGGAGGAGCCCCAAGAUUUAGACUUAGCCUGGGCCCAGCGCCUGAAUCCCCCUGCGGAGUCCCAGGCGAGCCUUCACCCGUCCCAGAGCGGAGCAUGGAAUGAGUUACCACCCCAAGCCAGCCAUUUUUCAGGGCAAUACGGAACUCGAUCCAAAACAUUCCAAAAUCAGGCUCGAAAUGUGGCAUCCAAUGGAGAAAUUCCUAUGGUGAAUUCAUCAGUUGGACCAAACUGCUGUACGUGUAAUUGCCAGUCGACCCUGCAGGCAAUUCUUCAGGAGCUCAAGACCAUGCGAAAAUUGAUGCAGCUGCAAGCAGUUGGGACUCAAAACAGACAGCAGCCUCCUGUUCCUCUGAUUUGUGCACAGAAGUCAACAAUAUCAAGAAAGAGAAAUAAAAAGAGAAAACUGCCCCUCAAAGUUGUUGAAGCAGUUUCCACGAAUAAGAAACCCAGCUCUCCAGAGAAUGAGAAGAGGCUGACAGCAAACUUGGAACAAUCGAGUCUGCAAGCAAUUGAACCCCCCCUGAAGCCAGAGACCCCUGUUUCAGGGUUUGGAAUUAUCCUUGAAUCAGCUUCAUCAGAUCCAGAAGUGCAACUUGCAGAAGGCUUUGAUGUCUUCAUGCCAAAAUCACAGCUGGACUCUAUACUAUCAAACUACACUCGCUCAGGAAGUCUGCUCUUUAGGAAGCUGGUCUGUGCAUUUUUUGAUGACAAGACUUUGGCUAACUCUUUACCAAAUGGCAAAAGGAAAAGAGGGCUCAAUGACAACCGGAAAGGACUAGACCAAAAUAUUGUGGGUGCAAUAAAAGUUUUUACAGAAAAAUACUGCACUGCUAACCAUGUGGAUAAACUUCCUGGUCCUAGGGACUGGGUCCAGAUUCUUCAGGAUCAAAUUAAACUUGCAAGAAGGCGAUUAAAAAGAGGCUCAGCAGAGGCAACUGACUAUGAUGAGAAGCCGGACAUUUCUCUACUACAAACAGGUAACCUUUUCGACACCACAACAGACCAUCUGAUAGAUGCAAACCCAGAUUUUUCAGUUUGAAUUUCACAUCUGCAUCAGUGUUCUUAGCGGAUAGAAACAUCCUCUCCUUUGAGUAAUGUUCCUGCAAGCUCAGUACGAGAACUUCAGUGUACUACAAGACAUGGGCAUCCGUACAGUUUUUCUUACAAGUCUAUGUUUUUUCCAUGCAUUUUCCAUGUAACCUCAAGUAAUGAAACCACCAGAUCGCUUCAUUGUUCUUCAUCUCAAUUAAGAUGAUUUCCUCCGCAUCCCAUGCAUUACUGAAUUAGCGGGGUACCCACUCUGAGGUCGUUCCCUUGCCUAUGUUUCUCCUCCAUGAUUGUAUUUUUCCACAUGUUUGUAUGUUUGCCAGCAGUGUCCCAUCUUAAACCACGAAGAAGUUGUGAUUCUCCCUGUCCCCAGGGACCAGGGUGGCCUCUCUCUCCACCAUGAACCCUGGGGGCUUAAUGGGCAUCUGACUUGGUGAAGCUCUUUGAUUCUGCAGACCCACUUUUCCUUUCCUGGCUGCUGCGGUACCAAUGACCAGUCGCACACAGCUCUGAUAAAAAUUCCUUACUGGGUUUAGGAGGGAAUAAAGCAGGAUUUCUCACAGCAGUGCCCAGAUUCUUAGUUAUAGCAAGGAGAAGCUAUUCCUCAAACAAUUUCCCUUCCGUGGUCCUGGUGGGAUGGCUCUUAAGCGUCUUCGUAGUGCAGAUUGCUGGAGGUGGUCGUUUUCCCCUCACUGUUGCCCCCAAUUUCAAAAUGUAUUAAUUUUCUGUUUUCUAAGAAGAGGGUCUGCUCACUGUGAUUUUUCAGCCACUGUCCUUGGCAACAAUAUUCACCUAUUUAACAAAAACAAGUCACCUUUCAACUGGCACUGUAUUGAUAUCUCAGCAGUUAAGACAAGUGAAUCGAUCAAGAAAUUGCACUACCCUCUUAGACACUGAAAGGGUCAGGUCAAGGUUAAGGUAAAACCGUGUGCGGCCUUCUCUGCAAACCUUCAUUUCUGCACCUUUCAUCAGCACUAAAUUCACUUUAAAAAUGUCACAGAGAAAUCUGGAAGGUCUUACCUGCAACACCUAUUGAUCACCAAUUGCACGUGUCCUGCAAUUCGAGGGAGAGCUUGCUAGAGCCUUUGCCAUUGUGUUUCCUUUCCCUGUGUGUAUCUUAUCUUAGGUACUUUUUUUAUUUUUUGGAAACUAUUUGGCCUUUGAGUGUCUCAACAGAAGUGCUAUUACAGAGUGGGAUGGUUUUCAACAUGUUCAGCCUCCUUUUUUAACAAUCCUAAUGCCUGUUUCUCAGGUGUCACAGAAUACCCACAAAUAACACUGAAGCCAACGUGAACAGUUUGUUCUCUUGGCACCUGAGAAACCAGGCUCCCAGCUGUUCCCUGCCCACCUUCCAUGGACUUUUAGGAAUGACCAUGUUCUCUCUAAAACUGUGGAAUAGAUUGAAUGUGCACUGCAAACCUUAAAUUUUGAGUCUUUCCUUCCUUCAUGGCUUGGAGUUGCCUGCAUUGGGCAGGGGGCUCCGGUCCGUUGUGUUGUAACCCUUCAGCAAUGAAAUCAACGUUUUGUAAAUUUGGAAGAUUGCAUUUGUGUUUACUUACUGUGACUACUGUUCAGACUUUCUUCAGAAAUCUUUUUAUAGGGUUUAUUAGAGAGAAGAAAAAAAAAUCAUUCCAUAUUUAGGUAAAAAUGUCUCAAUCUUCUGUAUAUAUGUUUUAUUAAUAUGUAAAUAUUUAGAUAUUUUUAAAUUACUAUGUUCUUAAUAAAGCGACAAGGGACUAGUUGUGAAAUGGUGUAUAACAUUGUGUCGUGUUACCGAUCUCUGGGAAAUCCUCUUUGUCAGUUCAGAAAAGAAAACCUACAAUAAAUAACUUUAAUUGCA